AUGUCGAUCUGGAACAUCUGUGCGAGCUUGAUCAGAAGCGUCGGGCCGAUGGCCGAGGGUUACGACACGAUUCUGACCGCAGACGCCGUCGCGUUCGUGGCGAACCUGGCCCGGACCUUUAUGCCCCGCGUCAAAGCCUGUUUGGCGCGCCGCGUCGAAUGGCAGGCCGAGCUCGACGCCGGCGCUACACCCGACUUCCUCGCGGAGACCAAGGACGUCCGCGACGGUGACUGGACGGUCGCCGAACUCCCGAAGGACUUGCUCGACCGGCGCGUCGAGAUCACCGGACCCGUCGACCGCAAGAUGAUUAUCAACGCGCUCAACUCGGGCGCAAACAUGUUCAUGGCGGACUUCGAAGACUCGAACGCACCGGCCUGGGCGAACGUGGUCGAAGGCCAGAUCAACCUUCGCGAUGCCGUCCGCGGAACCAUCGCCUUUCACGACCCCAAGAAGGACAAGCACUACGCGCUCGGCGCCAACCCGGCCACGCUGUUGGUGCGACCGCGCGGAUGGCACCUCGUCGAAAAGCAUCACGUCGUCGACGGUGAACCGGUCCCCGCGGGCCUCUUCGACUUCGGCCUCUACUUCUUCCACAACGCCAAGGCGCUCAUCGAACGUGGUUCAGGACCGUACUUCUAUCUGCCGAAGCUGGAGAGCCACCUCGAGGCGCGCAUUUGGAACGACGUCUUCAUUCACGCGCAGAACGCGCUCGGCAUUCCGCAAGGCACCAUCAAGGCGACCGUUCUGAUCGAAACACUUCCGGCCGCCUUCGAGAUGGACGAGAUCCUCUACGAACUGCGCGCACACUCGGCCGGCCUCAACUGCGGCCGCUGGGACUACAUCUUCAGCUACAUCAAGACGUUCCAAAACCACGCCGACAAGCUCCUUCCCGACCGCGGGCACGGCAUGACGCAGCCCUUCAUGGCUGCCUACUCCUCACUCGUCAUCAAGACCUGCCACCGACGGCGCGUUCACGCGAUGGGCGGCAUGGCGGCGCAGAUUCCGAUCAAGAACGACGCCGCGAGGAACGAGGCCGCCCUCGACAAGGUCCGCGCUGACAAACUUCGCGAAGUACAGAACGGGCACGACGGCACUUGGGUCGCACACCCCGGGCUCGUCGGCAUCGCUAAGUCGAUCUUCGACGCGCACAUGCCGAAUGCGAACCAACUCGACAACGCGCGCGAGGACGUUCGCGUCUCGCGAGAAGAUCUCUGCGCGGUCCCCACCGGCAACCGGUCCGAAGCCGGCCUUCGGCAGAACGUCAACGUCGGUGUCCUCUACCUCGAAGCCUGGCUGCGGGGCUCGGGCUGCGUACCGCUCUACGACCUGAUGGAGGACGCCGCCACGGCGGAGAUCUCCCGAACGCAAAUCUGGCAGUGGAUCAAGCACGGCGCGAAGCUGGACGACGGCCGCAUCGUCGACGCCGCCCCUUACCGGCAGAUCCUCGCCGAAGAACUGAAAACCAUCGAGGCCGCCGUCGGUGCCGAGCGUUUCGCGACCGGCAAGUUCGACGAUGCGCGCCGCAUCUUCGAGUCGCUCGCGACCGCCGAGACCUGCGCGACGUUUCUCACCCUCCCCGCCUACGACCUUCUGGUCGAGGGCAGCGCAACUUAA